AUGGUAGACAUCAGCGAAGAUAAGUUGCUCCAAUGGCUGAAUUCUCAAAGCUCAUGUUCAGUUGCUUAUAUUUCGUUUGGAAGUCAGAUAUUCUUAACAGAAGAACAAAGCAAGGCCUUGGCUAGUGGUCUAGAAGCCAGCGGGCAACCCUUCAUUUGGGCUAUCAAAGUGUCUCCAAAGCUCGAACCCAGGACAUCUGACACAACAGAUCUUCUCUUGCGCAAAUAUCUUCCAGAGGAUCAACACUUCAAUUCUAAACUAGCAAUUAAGUUGGGAUUCGGAAUCCAAAUUUUCCAGCAUAGAAAUGGGAUUCCAGACAAGCAACGAGUGAAGGAUGGUGUUACACUUGUUUUGAGUAAACAGGAGGGGAACGAGAUGAAAAGAGCCGCAAAAAAGCUGAAGAAGAUGGCAAGACAGGCCGUUGAAUUUGGAGGAUCCUCGAACAUAAAUUUGCAUGAUUUUGCCAGUGAGAUGUACCAAUUGCACAGGACAAGAACUGCUGCUGUACGUGGAGAAUCUUCGAAACUUUCAUAUUGCUGGAUAAAUACUUCCUGA